CUAAAUUCUACUUACUUCAGUAGAACAUGAUCUUCGUGUUCUGGUCUAAUUCAUAUUUUCCCUUUUUGCUUAAGGACCAGAAGGGUCGGUGUACUUCAUUUCCUUGGGGUCGAAACCGGGCAUGGGGAAGGAAGUGGCAAACUUGUUGACGCGGUCGCGGAUGUCCUUGAGGGUAGCGUCGCCCUCUAGCAAAGCAGCGAAGUCCUUCAGCUUAGGACCGGACUUCUCUUGAAUGGCAAGAGAUGCAACCAAGACCUCAUGCAAGAACUCGGCAAUCUGUUCAAAAUCUUCUUCACACAUCUUACGGGUUGUAAGAGCUGGAGCGCCAAUACGGACACCUCCGGGGGUGACAGCAGAUCGGUCACCGGGGACGCAGUUCUUGUUGAGGGUGAUGCAGACGUGAUCGCAGGCUUUUUCGAAUUUUGAUCCAGUGAUUCCGUUUGGUUUCAAGUCCCACAAGACCAAGUGGUUUUCGGUACCUCCCGAGGCCAUCUUGUAUCCGUACUUGGAGGUAAGACGGUUCGCAAGGGCAGCAGCGUUGGACUUAACCUGCUGACUGUAAACCUUGAAUUCAGGUGUGGCUACUUCCUUGAGCUGGGUGGCAACACCAGCAAUUUGAUGCUCGUGCGGACCUCCUUGGAGGGCGGGGAAGACAGCUUGGUUGAUGCGGUUUUCGAAUCCACGUUCGUCCUUACGGAAGAAAAUCAUUCCAGCACGGGGUCCACGAAGGGACUUGUGAGUUGUGGUUGUCACAAUAUCGCAAUAGUCGAAAGGAGAAGAUUGCUCUCCAGUGGCGACCAGUCCGGAAAUGUGCGCCAUGUCCAUCAUCAAAAGGGACCCGUUGGCAUCAGCGAUUUCUCGGAAUUUGGCGUAGUCCCAGUCACGGGGGUAAGCAGAUCCUCCGCAGAUGAUCAUGGCAGGUUUGAAAAGACCUGCAUCACGGGCAAGUUGCUCAUGGUCAACAUAUCCGGUCUCGGGGUGAACUCGGUAUGGAAGAGAUUCGAAGUAAACCGAAGUGGCAGAGACAGCUUUGCGGGUUCCUUCCUUCUUCGAGUACGUGUAAAACCCGUGUGUCAAGUGACCACCGCUGGGCAAAUCCAAUCCCAUGAUUCGUUCAUGCGGGCGAAGGAGGGCGGUGUAGACGGCAAAAUUGGCAGGGGACCCAGAGUAAGGCUGGACAUUGACGCCCCACUUCUCGGGGUCCAAUCCAUAGGCUGCGAGCGCACGCUGUUGGCAAAGAAUCUCGACCUGGUCAACAACCUCGUUACCUCCGUAGUAUCGGGCGUGGGGGAGACCUUCAGAAUACUUGUUCGUCAAAGCUGAUCCCAAGCAUUCCAUUACAGCCUUGGAAGUAAAGUUUUCCGAGGCAAUCAAUUCCAACGAACGCCAUUGUCUGUUCUUUUCUUGUUCGAUCAAGUCGUACAAUUCAGGAUCGUGAUCCGCAAGGGAGACAAGUCCUUUGAAUUCCUGAUAUCCAGUUCCAUAAAGUCAUAACAUUCCC